ACGUCAGUAGGUGGCGAGGUCGAGCCUUCACUAUAGCCAUGAGCAGGCGACGCGCUCGGUGGGUUAAGAGAUUGGGGACGAGCUCCGCGGGAUGGGGCUGUCGCGUCGUCUGACGGGUUGGGCGUGGUGUGCUUGCUUAGUAGCUCAAGCUGCGCGUGCAGGUGGGCGUCUGUGGAGAGCCUGUGUUAGUGGUGGUAUUCGCAGAAGGCGAGGGCGAAGCGCUCUGCAUCUUCAAGCUCCGGUUCUGACUCAGCAUGAAGUGGACGGGAGAAUUGAUGACUACAGGCACCCGGCCACGACUUAUAAAGAGGGCCCGGACGAGUGACUGGAUGAGACGGGGGACCGAUGCGGCAGCU